AUGGACGUUGCAUUGAUUUUAGGACUACGCGUGAUAGCAAAACCUGUAAUCCUUAAAGAAGAUGAACCUUUUUCGGAUUUAGAGAGGCUCUAUGGUGCUACUGUUUGGAAUAGGAAGAUCACAGUAGCUUCAAUUGAGGAGAGACUUGAGUCUCUUGGUGGGAGAGAUGACGCGGACUUCACCAGAUCCUUUUUGUUAUUUGUAUUUGCAACAUUGCUAUUUCCGAAAACAAAUUACAAAGUAGAUUCCUGUUUUAUUCCUUUUUUGCGGGACUUAGACAAGGUGAAGGAUUUUGCCUGGGGAGCUGCUGUUCAUGAGGAAGUGUUGAACUGGUUGUGCAGAAAAAAGGAGACUAAUGUACAAUAUGUAGGAGGCUGUCUUAUCUUUUUCCAAGCAUUGAAAUGGAGCCUUGGCAUUGCAAUUGGCAAUCACAUUAGCCUUAAAUAUAAGAAUGGUUUGCUUCCGUUUCAAAUUCCAACUCCAAUGCCUGGAUUCCACGUUGCAAGCGUUGCUUUGAUAUGGUUUUACGAGCAUGUCGAUAUUGGUCGGCCUACUUUAAGAGAUUGCUCCUUGACAUUUCCUCGUGUCUGCCGAUGGGAGAAUAGUAGGUCCAAAAAUCGACAAUGGUUUAUGACCAAAUUUAAGGAACUGCAACAUAAUCAGAUGUUAUGGGAGCUUCAAUUGACUUCCGAGGAGUCAGAAAUGGAUAUAAUUAAAAAGUUAUUUGAUGCGCGAACUGAUGUAAGAGAACCAUACAAUCCACAAUGCUCUUCAAUAAGUGUUUCAGUGCCUAAUGAGGGACAAAGAGAACAAACAGACAAUCCAUGGGCUUCCGAAGAUACUUCCAGUAUUGUUAUCAUUAGCGAUGAGGAUGAUGAGGGUGAUUUGGGAAUAAAAAAUCAGAUUUUAGAAGAGCACAAUGUUGAAUUGAAGAAGGAGAUUGAUAACCUGAAAAAAGAAAAUGAAUUUUUGAAAUGCCAGCUCAUGUUAAGUACAAGGGUAGAAGAGCAAAAUGUAGAACUACGGAAGGAAGUGGAAAACCUGAGACCAGAGAACUAG